AUGCUAAGGCUUCCCGUUUUUGCUCUUCUCGCCGCUACUGCUUUAGCACAGUACCAACAAAGCUACCAACCCCAGGCGCCCAUUCAACAGCCUUAUUUCCCGCAACAAGCACAACAACAAUUCCAACCACAACCCAUUCCACAACAAGCCCCACAAGGAUAUCAAGAGUCUGCUCCACAGCAAGGACCUCAAGGAUUCCCUCAAGCACAAGGCCAGCAACAACAGGGUCCUCUCAUUGGCUACUUGUUGACUCCAGUCGCGGCUCCACCUGAGUUCGUCAACAAUCCGGCUGACAUCCCACCAAUGAGCGAGGGACAAUUCACGAGAAUGGGAGGGAAAGAUGAGCACCCACUCUACGUGAUCCAAAACCCGGACACCACCGGCUCGGCUUCAGUGCUUCCACCCGGCUACUCUGGACAACCAGCUGAGUCCGGGCAAAAGCCAAAUGGUUUCUUCAUGCCUGUUGGAAAUGCUCCACUCAUCGAUGGACGUCCAUUCACUCUAAUGGUUGUCAACGGCAUGAGAACGCAUGGACCCGCCUACAAUGCUCUUCCCGUUCAACCCGAUGUUUCCGUUAAAUCCGAAGUGGUCGGAUAUCAAGCCCCAGCCGCGCCAAAUGCUGGUGGAUAUGCGCAAAGGCAU